AUGGCGUUGCAGUACCAGCGAACAUUCAUCAGCUGCAAGGAGAACAGCCCAGCCCAGCAGCGCAGCUUCAGUUCACCACCCUCUCUUGGCCGUCGCAGCGAUGAAGAUGCUUGCGAAGCGACGUCCUUGCAGGGACUGGUGCAGAAGACUGCAGACAUUUAUGAGUGGCCCAUUGAUGAGCAGGGGAACAUGUCCAAAGGCAGCUUCUUGCAUCCUGAAGUUUGUGGGCGUUUUUGCAUCCGUUUCUUCUACGGCACGUGUCGGCAAGGGCAAAAUUGCGAGUUUUGCCACCUGGAACAUCACGAGCGGAAAGUGAAGAUGAACAGGGCGCAGCGGGAACUUUUCCAAAUGCUGGGAGAGGCAGAGGUUCUUGCGCUUGUGUUGCCACACAUUGAGAGGAGGUGCCGAAGCAACGGGUUGAACAAUCAGAUGCUUUUUGUCGUUGAUCUGCUUCGCCGCCGCUCCACAUCAAUACCUCACCCUGAUGGCAAUAGUGUUCAGCACGCUCGGGCCGUGAUUCCAGUCUUGCGCAAGUUCACAGUCGCCCGCCUUCUAGGGCCUCGGUGCAUGUGGACAUUCCGAUUUGAACUCAUCCGACAGAGUCCAGCAUUUCCAUCAGGAUUUAAGGAGGAUUUGAAGAAACUUGUGGAUCGUUCUCUUGGCCGUCAGUGA